GAGCAGCAGUGAUGGACGUGAAGGUUGCAACGACACUCGCGUCAGUCCUCCUCCUCACCUUCAUGCUCGCAGGAGGAUACUACCUGCAAACCAUCCCCGCCUUCAUCGCAUGGAUCAAGUACAUCUCCUUCACCUACUACGCGUACCGUCUCAUCAUCAAAACCCAGUUCUCGCCCUCCGAUACCUUUGAAUGCGGCCCGCCAAGCGAUCCGAGUGCCAUCAUCUGCCCGAUUUCGGACGCGCCGUCGUUCCGGGGGUUCUCGCUGGGAGACGCGUGGGUGGAUGUGCUGGCGUUGCUGGCGCAGGUGGCGUUUUAUCGCACGCUUGGGUACUUUGCCCUGAGGAGGAUGAAGACGAAUGUAUAG